UUAGAACCAAACUAUGUCACUUUUGUUGGUGUCCUAACAGCAUGUGCUCAUGCAGGUCUUGUGGAUGAAGGUUUACACCAUUUUAACUCUAUGAAAACAAAAUAUGGUAUUGAACCAGGUACUGAGCAUUAUGCUUCUGUUGUCAAUCUUCUCGGACGUUCAGGAAAAUUGCAUUAUGCUAAGGAGUUUAUUGAAAGGAUGCCAAUCAAACCAGAGGCAGCUGUUUGGAGGAGCUUGCUGAGUGCAUGUCGUCUCUUCGGUAACAUUGAAAUUGGGAGGUAUGCUGCUGAAAUGGCACUCUUAGUAGAUCCGUCAGACAGUGGCCCUUAUGUACUACUGUCAAAUAUUUAUGCCUCCAAAGGGCUAUGGGCUGAUGUGCAGAAGCUAAGACUGGGGAUGGAUUAUGCUGGGACGGUGAAGGAACCAGGUUAUAGUUGGGUUGAGGUGAUGAAGGAGGUUCAUACUUUCAUCGCAAGAGGGACAGAACACCCACAGGCAGAAUCCAUAUAUGCACUACUGGAUGAGCUGACGAGUCUACUGAGAGAUUUUGGCUAUCUCCCUGAUACAUCUGAACUUCCAUUACUUGGUGAUUAUGGUUAGUGCUACUUUCUCAGUGGUCACCAGUUACUUCCAUAAGAUGGACCACUCUAAUUCAGUAUCUACACCCUGAUUAUGGUUAGUGCUGCUCCCUGAUUAUGGUUGAGGUGAUUCUGGUAUGAUGAGGUAGUCAUGUAGUGGCUUUAUAAUGCUACUGUGAUUUACAACUAUCCAUUCCAAAACAAUUUCUGACUGCUCACUACUUAUUGAGCAAGAGUAGCAUUGGGACAGAAGAGAGAACAAUCCGAUCAUAUAUGUUUACUGUCAAUUCAGAUCUUUGAGAUUUGUAACUGCAUAAAAAAAAUUUGGCUGUGAAGUUUCACUGACGCACAUACACAGAUAGUGGAGUCAAGUUCAUAAGACUUUGUCAUGCUCAAUACUCCUGAACCUGGAACCUUUGACAUGAUUGAAGUUCCAUUAAUGUAGACAUUCUUUUCUGAAACAGAACAGGUAAAGAGAAUAUGUAUCAUAAAGUACCACUGAUUGUAGCGAUCUGGAACCUCUCUCUCAUGGUCCUCACAAAUUUGUACAGAUCAUUGUUGCAGUUAAGAUCCUUCACAAGUUCUUCGGAGCCAUGCACAAAGGGAGCACAAUGGACUACUGUAAUUAACAAGAGAAAGAACUUCAGCAUCUAUGCACAAAUGUAAGGCUGUGUUUAGUUCGCGAAAAUGUUUGGAUUUUGGUACUGUAGCAUAUUUCGUUGUUACUUGACAAACAAUGUCUAAUUGUGGACUAAUUAGACUUAAAAGAUUCAUCUCAUGCUAAUCAGUUAGACUGUGUAAUUAGUUAUUUUUUCAACUACAUUUAAUGCUUCAUGCAUGUGUCAAACGAUUCGAUGUGACGGGUACUUAGAAAUUUUUUUGGAAACUAAACAGGGCCUAAAUCACUAAAGAGUAUAGGAAGGUGCAGCUAAGAAACUUGCAACUCACAGAUGUAUCUUUCAUCAAUAAGCUUUAUGCAAAAAGAAUACUCCUUGUCAGGACUUUGCAUGUCGAUUUUGCUGAACACAAAUCUCACCCCUGGUGAAAAGCUAUUUGUCAGACUCUAUAGCAUCAAACUAAUAAUAUACUAAUUAACCAUGCCACUAAAAUUUCCUAUUACCUUCUCCUCCAACAACUUGAAAACCAAGAAACUUGUCGUACCACAUGAUAGCAUUGUCUAGGUUCUUAUCCCCUUUUGCAUCACUCUCAGCUUUAAUGGAUUCAACAGCUGCGACCAAAUGAAGAGUAAUUAAGGCAUAUAGGUUUCAGAUUAUGCCUAUCCCAGGAAAAUUUCUGAAUAAAAGAACCAACUUCACAAUAACAGAGAUAAAGUGUGUGCAUAAAACCAAAAUUAGAGUUGAAUAAAGUGCCACUGAUUCUGUAUUUAGUAUAUGACAGUUGCCAGGGAACAUUGAUGCAAGUUAGAAAAAAAAACACGUGCUCUAUUGAAAAGUCACUGUGUCACAUACACUGCUAACUGCUAAGAGAAUAGCCAAAGAUUGCAACAUAUGGAUUGAAACACUAUGCCAUGGAAACUGGAUGGCACAUACCUUGGGAUUGGUUUGAUAUGGCAUUCACAUAUUCAUCUCUUGUAGCCCUCUGAUCCAUGAGCAAGCUCCUGAGCUGCUCGUUCGUUGCAGUGGUGUUCAAAAUUGAGUCGCCCAUGAGCUUGUGUUUUGACGUUUUGCUUGUUUGGACUGCCGGGUGGAAAAAACAGGUAUGAGAUGCGGUAGACAAUAUGCAACGAGGAGGCUAGCUAGUAUGGGAGCAGGCAGUUGGCAGAAGAAGAAUAACAUUAUUAGCACCAUCAUCAUCUAUAAGAGGAAGAAAACAGAUAAUGCCCAAAGAAAAUUAUAAGUUAGGCAAUGCACACGUACCUUUGCCACCAUCUACUCUACUCUUAUGUGUAAUAAAUAAAAAGCAGGCAGGAGAUGGUUACAUUUGAGCAACAGAGAAGCGCGUGGAAAUGAGGUGGAGAUGUGCUUGUGCUCACCUGAGAGGGCUCGUGCAAGAUCCGCUUCUAAUUUCCGGAGCUGUUGUUUUAGUUGGUUGAGUUGUGCUGGCAUUCGGAAAAGGCAGAGAUGAGUUUGAGCAGUCACUCUAGAAACAAAAAGCAGGGGAGAGAUUGGAUUGACAUGCCUCGGUUGGAGACGGUUUGGUUGGCGAUGGAGCGCGCGGAGAGGAGGGCGGCGCUGAAGGCGUCGGCUGUUGCGGAGGCGCGGUCUCGGGCGUGGGUGAUCCGGCGCUGGAUGGCGGCGCGUUGGUCCUGCAUCCUCCGGCGGCGCAGAUCGAAGGAGGCCUCCGCGUGCGCCAUGGGGGUGGGUGGUGCUCCGGCUGACUCUGACUGGGAUGCUUCGCUUCCUGGGAGGGGGGAUGGCCGGAUGGGAGGGAGGAGCGGCGGGCUCGAGUUCAAAAUGGCAUCCCUGCCCUGUGGCCUGUGCUGUGCUGGCUUCCUGGCUUCCUUCCCGUGCAAGCCCCAUGGGCUGGGCUUUGCGGUCCAGAGCCCAUCCAUGCUAGAUGGAUCGUUGCAAAGGCCUUGGCCCACUCUUUCUCUCUCUCUCUCUCUCCAGUUGCCCUUGCAGUUGGGUUUCUUCCCAUUUCCCCCAAAACAAAAAAAAAAAGUUGGGUUUCUUCCCCACCUCCGGCCGCCCGCGGCCACAACCCCAAGUCCCCAACCCCAACGGAUCCCAACCCGGCGCGAGAUCCAUCGGAUGUUCGGCCUCCAGGCAAGCGGCGCUGCCGCCUCGUGGGUCGUCGGCCGGAUGGGCACGGAUGCGCACCUCUACGAUGACCCCGACGACGCCUCCAUCCCCGCGCUCCUCGACUCCCGCUUCGACGCCGACAAGGUCGACGCCCUCAAGCGACUCCUCGCCCUCAUCGCGCAGGGAGUCGACGUCGCCAACCUCUUCCCGCAGGUCGUCAAGAACGUCGCCUCGCAGUCGCUCGAGGUCAAGAAACUCGUCUACCUCUACCUCCUCCACUACGCCGACAAGCGCCAAAACGAAGCCCUUCUCUCCAUCAACAUUUUCCAGAAGGACUUGUCAGAUAUAAACCCACUAGUCAGGGCUUGGGCGCUGCGCACCAUGGCUGGCAUUAGGCUACAUGUCGUUGCUCCGCUCGUGCUGGUUGCUGUCAAGAAAUGCUCCAGGGAUCCAUCCGCAUAUGUUAGAAAAUGUGCUGCCUAUGCACUCUGUAAGCUGUAUGACUUGCUUCCGGAUCAAGCUAUGGCUUUACAGGAGAUUGUAGACACCUUGUUCAACGACAGCUCACCUGGAGUAGUGGGAGCUGCCGCUGUUGCAUUUAAAUCUGUCUGUCCAAAUUGUUUAGCAUUGCUGUCAAAACAUUUCCGGAGGCUCUGUGAGACACUCCCUGAUAUUGAGGAAUGGACACAGAUUAUUCUUAUUGAGAUCCUCUUGCGGUAUGUAAUAGCUAGACAUGGCUUAGUCAAGCAUUCUUUACUUUCUACAGAGAUUCAGGGUUCGGACCCUAUUACUAGCAUGGCCACCCAACCUACUGAUUCUAGUGGCAAUGGGGUUUCUGGUGGCACCAUAUCAAACAUCAUGCUGUUCCGGCACUACAUCGAAGAAUAUUCAGGUUUUGCUGAUAAAGAAGGCAAUAGCUCGAGAUUUUCAUCCGUCACCACUAACAGCAACGAUGAUGUUGCAAUUCUUUUGAAGUGUACGUCGCCUCUUCUAUGGAGUCGAAAUAGUGCAGUAAUACUUGCAGCAGCAAGUGUGCAUUGGAUCAUGGCUCCAGUCGGGGAUGUCAAGAGAGUCGUUGGCCCGAUUUUGUUUACUCUGCGGUCAUCUCCUGAUGCAGCAUAUGUGAUGCUUGGCAACAUACUAGUUUUUGCCAAGACGAUGCCAUCAUUGUUUGCCCCGUUUUACGAGGACUUCUUUAUAAAUGCUUCAGACCCAUACCAGACUAAGGCUUUGAAGCUUGAAAUACUGACAACUGUUGCCACAAAGCCAUCCAUUCCAGCCAUUUUUGAAGAAUUUCAGGAUUACAUUAAAGAUCCAGAUAGGAAAUUUGUGGCAGAUACUGUUGCAGCUAUUUCGUUGUGCGCCCAGAAGCUUCCGUCUGUUGCCACCACUUGCCUUGAGGGGCUUUUGGCACUUGUAUUUUAUGAAUCAUCUAUUAGUAACUCAGUUCAUUUUGAUGGAGAAGAUGCUGUUCUGGUUCAAGCAAUCUUGUCAAUCAAAGCAAUAGUGAAAAUGGACCCAGUAUCCCAUGAAAAGGUAAUUGUCCGCUUGGUGUGCAGUAUGGACAAAAUUAAGGAGCCCGCAGCACGAUCCUUGAUUAUUUGGAUGUUUGGAGAGUACAAUUUCAUGGGGAAUCUCAUUCCAAAGAUUGUUCCUGCUGUUCUCAAGUAUCUUGCCUGGUCCUUCACUGCUGAUGUGGUCGAAACAAAGCUUCAGAUCCUAAAUGCUUCUGCCAAGGUUGUAAUGCAUUGUCCAGAAGAACACACCGAAGAAUUCAAAAGGAUAAUUGCAUAUGUCAUUGAGUUGGCUACAUAUGACUUGAAUUAUGAUGUCCGUGAUCGUGCUCGUUUACUUUCAAGACUUUUGCCAUGCUACACGACUCACCUAGGAUCCUCAUAUCAACCUCAGAAUGGUGAUAUUUGUAAAGAGCUUGCCGACCACAUAUUUGAUAGAAAGUUGCAGCCAACAUCUCCUUCAGCAAGAAACUAUCGCAUUUAUCUUCCAGGUUCCCUUUCACAGGUUGUUCUUCAUGCAGCUCCUGGUUAUGAACCGCUUCCAAAGCCUCAGAGUAUGGAAUUAAGCCAUAAUAAUAUUAUGGAACCAACCAGAGGCAUAGCCAAACCUUCUGGAAGUAAUAACUCUGAUGCUGAAUCUAGAUAUUCAACAUAUGAGAGCAGCUCUGCUUAUGAUUCGGAGAGUGAAGGCGAUAGCUUAUUGGACGGAGAUACCAAUGGAUCCCUUCAUCGUCAAGAUAACCGGGAUACUCCACUGGUACACAUAUAUGAUGCUAGUAUACAGGAAGGCCAGACAUGUCAAAAUGCUAAUGAAAAUUUGGCAGAUCUGAUCUCCACUGAUUUGAGUGAGUUGAUGUCUAAGUCAGCCUUGGAAUCAUGGCUUGAUGAGGCUCCUGCUGAGCCACUUGUUCAGAGUUCAUUGCAGGCAUCAUCUGCCAGAGUUGCUUUUACAAAUCGCAGCUUUGAGCGAAUACCUAAAUGGCAUACACUGUUGGAUUCAUCUGACAGUAAUGGCUUAAGUGUUCUAUAUGCCUUCUCAUCUGAGGUUUCACCAAGAUCACGCUUUCUAGUAUGUGUAGAGUUAUAUUUUGAGAAUGUUAGUACACAACAACUAACAGAUGUAACCAUUAAAUCUGAGGAGGCUUCUAGCAGCAUGGAUUCUAUUGGCCAAACAUCAGAAGGAUCUGUGAGUCUCCCCACUAUUGUUCCUGUGGAAGAAAUUCAUUCAUUGGCUCCACAACAAACGGCAAAGAUGGUUCUUGAGGUUCAUUUCCAUCACCAUCUCUUGCCUCUAAAGCUGUCUGUGCUUUGCAAUGGAAAAACACAUCCAGCAAAACUUCACCCAGACAUUGCUUAUUUUAUUCGGCCACUACCUAUGGACCUAAAUGCUUUCCUUUGCAAGGAAAACCAGUUGAGGGGAAUGUUCGAGUAUGCUAGGAGGUGCACAUUCAAAUAUCAUCUUGAGAAGCUAGAGCACAGUGAUAAGAAUCUUCAAGUAGCCCAGAGUGUUGCAUCAAAAAUGCUGAGCAAUGCCAACGUGCACCUUGUUUCAAUGGAUAUGCCAGUUACUUUCAAUGUUGAUGAUGCAUCUGGCUUAUGCUGGAGAUUCAGUAGCGAAAUCCUGAGCACUUCAAAACCUUGCCUACUUACGAUCCUUGUGGAAAGGCAUACCUCGGGACAACUGGACCUUACUGCCAAGGUGAAUUCUGAAGAUACAGUGUUUGCCUUGAACCUCCUGAACAGAAUUGUGGCAAUCAUGGAGUGUGUUAACUUUUAGCUUUUUGAGCUUUCAAUUUUAAAUACUAGUGUUGGUACAGUAGGAUGUUACACAUCAUCUGAAAAUACCAAGGGUAUAGAGUAGCACCACAAAUCAUUAAUGAAGACAUUGGCUGUGAAUGAAUAUCAUCUUCCAAGGAGGCGACACAUCAUCUUGUCUUGUAAUAAUAAAAAGAUCUUUUUUUUGUAAGAUCUGAGACAAGCAUGACUACUGAAUUGCAAUUCAUGGUAUCCAAUGUAAGCUCUGUCUACAUGAUUUGGUGGGGCACAACAGAAUGUUCCAAAAUUCCUUA